AAUGGUUCCCAAUUUAAGGUUUUUGGCGAAGUUUGGUAUUCGUUGUGUGUCCCUUUGCAACUCUACAGAAAUCCCAAAACGACCGAUAUCUCCGAAACCCUAAUUCCAUUUCUGUGUAUUUGAUUGAUUAUCUGUCGCUAUGGGGAUGGAUACUAUGCAAAGACCAGGUUCAGCAACGCAGAAACCAGCAAGCAAGGUUCGUUGGGGUGAAUUAGAAGAAGAUGAUGGUGAAGAUCUUGAUUUUCUUUUACCACCACCAGUAGUAACAGGACCAGAUGAAAAUGGUAUUAAGAAAAUUACUGAAUUUAAGUUUAAUGAUGAUGGAAAUAAGGUUAAGAUUACAACAACAAUUCGGGUCCGUAAACUUGCUAAAGCCAGAUUAACUAAAGCUGCUAUUGAACGUCGUUCUUGGCCUAAGUUUGGUGAUGCUGUUCAUGAAGACGUUGGUGCUAGACUUACUAUGGUCUCUACUGAAGAGAUACGUCUUGAAAGGCCUAGACCUCCUGGUAGCAAAGAAGACACCAAGCUUCCAGGAGAUCCCUUGGGACCACCAAAUGCUGUGCUUAUGGUGUGCAGGACCUGUGGUAAGAAGGGUGAUCAUUGGACAUCCAAGUGUCCUUACAAGGAUCUUGCCGCCCCACCUGAGAGUUUCAGUGAUAAGCCUCCUACAGCAGAUACUGCCACAGCUGGCACUUCCAAGUCAGGAACCUAUAUUCAUCCUGGCCAGAGAGAUGGGGCUAAACAACUCGGAUCAGAGAUGAGAUCACGGAGGAACGAAGAAAACUCUGUUCGUGUCACCAACCUUUCAGAAGAUACUCGUGAGCCUGACUUGCUUGAGCUCUUCCGUACUUUCGGUGCUGUCAGUCGUGUUUAUGUGGCUGUAGAUCAGAAGACUGGCAUGAGCCGAGGAUUUGGUUUUGUGAACUUUGUGAACAAGGAAGAUGCUGAGAGGGCAAUCAACAAGCUCAAUGGGUACGGUUAUGACAAUCUCAUCCUCAGAGUCGAAUGGGCGACUCCUAGGGCCAAUUAGAAUUAAAGGAGCCUUUGCUUCAUUUUUGAAUCUCAAAAUCACACCGGAGUUGGAAGAGGGUUGAUUUUAUUCUCUCAUUCUAGUAAAUUUUUUUAUUUUGUUGUCUGUUAAGAGAGGCUCUAAUACUCUAACAAGAGACGGAUUUAUAAUCACUUUCAUCGUAUGAUCUAUUUGCUAUUUAUAAACCUGAGUCUUAUUCUA